AUGGACGGAGGCCACGAAAUGUCCGAGAAAGACUACAAGAGGCUAAGAAAGUCACAGCCGAGAAAGGAAAGAGUGCCCAGAGAGGACUUUGGAGACCCGUCGGAAAUAGGAGGAUUCAAAGGCCCUUGGAGCAGAUUUGCAGGCGUUUCUGAAGACAGGAGGAGUCCAAGAGAUGCCAAGGAGGAGCAUUCGCUGAGAAGAAUCGUCAACAAGCACUGUCUGGUCGCCGGGAAGGAGAGGUCCAGAAGCAACUACUUCCUGUCCAUGAGUGACCCAAGUUUGAGUAGGGUGCCGUCAAGGCGAUUUCUUGUUCCAAGGAGCAACACCAUGCUAUUCCACGACCACAGAGACAUGGUCUCCUCUGCCUAUCUCUUCAGGAAACAUAAGCUCUUCCUUUCCUCCGGACUCGAUGGAAAGGUGUAUCUGUACAACCUGAGGGAUGGAGGGCUUGUGACAACGUACAUGGGACACAGCAAGGGAGUGUCGUCGGCCAUGCCGUCUCAAUGCGAGAGCAGAUUCAGCACAGUGUCGUUCGAUGGAUUUCUGAAGGACUGGGAUGUGGAGACAGGGAGGUGCAGUGUGAAGAUGGAGUUGGGAUGUCCCCUUACCUGCCAGUCGCCUGAGGCAUCUGGCAAGACUGUUUUUGUAGGGGGACUAGACGGAAGAGUCAGACAUGUGGAUAUGAGGAAUAGAAAGGUCUUGAAUGAGAUCGGAGAGGAAGCCCGGUGCUGGGAAAAGAAUUCCUUCAGACCUUUCUCAGCAUAUGACAUCCUGGCAGUCGAGGAAGGCAACUUCCUCAUAUUCACAAAUAGAGAAGGAUCCCUACAUCAGCUGGACUUGAGAAACAACCAGAUAACCAAGAGAUGUUGUGGCUCUUAUUCUUUUGUUGGAUUCAACCGUGAGGAAAACAUUCUUAUGGCCACCGGCUGCGACGAGAUCAUACUUCUGGAUCCCUCCACCCUUGAGGAGAAGAAAGAGAGAGUCAGGGCUCCGGGAUGCUCCACGAGAGUGAAAGCCUCCUUGGAUGGGGGCACUCUGUGCUACGGAAACACAGAGGGUCUUGUCAACUUUUUUGGCACCAACCCGAUAAAGGAAGUCUCCCUCGGAUCCACAGGCGAGAUGGUGACUGUAGUUGAUUGGAUGGAUGGCAGCUCCUCGAAUCUUGCAUCCGGGGAUGUCUUAGGACAUGUAAAGAUAUGGGAGUAG